CGACUGCACUUUUGCUUCUCCAAAUCUACAAAGAUUCACAACGACCUUAACCAGGCUUAAAGCUACAUCGGCAAAGCUACAGGUGAUGAGGUUGUGAUCUCCUCCCUCGACAACCAUGUUCGACACCAUAUGUACCCUCCCUCUGCAGUCGGACCUCUUCGCUCAAGUCAUCCACCCAACCGAACCCCUCUUCGCCGUUGGGCUUUCUUCUGGACAUGUCCAAGCAUACAAACUUCCAUCCGACACAGAUCUGGUGGACGAUGGUUCUGAAGACAGCCACGAGUCAGCAGGAUCCGGGAAUAUAACAAAUGGAAAUGGCUCUGUUCCGGUGUCGUCCUCUCUACGAAGAGGCUCUUCGGCCAGUGCUUCAGAAAGUGGCCUUGGGUCAGUAAGCACAAUUUGGAGUACAAAAAGGCACAAGGGCUCGUGUCGAUGUCUUGCCUUCAGCCACGACGGUCAAAUAUGCUACUCAGCCGGUACCGAUGGCUUGGUCAAGUCUUUCAUGACAGAAUCUGGGAAGGUCGUUGGCAAGAUCGCGAUACCACAGAGCAAAGGCGGUCCGGCUGCUGAUGCACCAACUGUACUGCAUGCUCUGUCACCGCAGACGCUUCUACUGGCCACUGAUGCUGGGAAAUUAUACUUGCAUGAUUUGAGACAAGAUGGCAAGGAAGUGACGUCCACAGCAAGUCAGACGUGGGCACCGCACGGAGACGAGCAUAUCAACGCACUUGUACCUUUACCAGCUAGCGAAACCAGCACCAGUGGGUUUCCAAAGCAAUGGGUCAGUGUUGGUGGCACCACUCUCGCAGUGACAGACCUCCGCAAAGGCACCAUUGCCACGAGCGAAGAUCAAGAAAUCGAAUUGACCAGUGUCACGUUGCUACAAGGUCUCAAGAAGGGCGGCACAAGUGUUGGAGAGAAAAUCCUGGUCGGCCAGGGUGACGGCGUGAUGAGCCUGUGGGAGAAGGGUGUCUGGGAUGAUCUGGACGAUCGGGUUGUGCUCGACAGAGGCGGUCUCUCAAUUGAGAGUCUGGCUGAGGUCCCCUUAGGGUACGGGCGGGGUAAGUUGAAGAUGAAUGAAAAGUUAGUGGCUGCUGGCCUGGAGGAUGGACGAGUCCGCUUUCUGCGAAUUGGUCGCAACGGAGUCCUGAACGACAUGGAUGCCAAGCACGAUGAGAUCGACGGGGUGGUCGCCCUUGGUUUCGACAUCGAGGGAAGAAUGAUCAGUGGUGGAGGCCAGAUCGUCAAGGUAUGGACAGAGGCGAAAGGACUUCCUGGCGGAGGACGUGCCAACCACAAGCAUGAUAUGUCAUCGGACGACGACGACGACGAAGAUGAUGAAGACUCGGAAAUGGAAGCCAGCAGCGAUGAAGAAGGCAAGGCCAAGUCCAAAAGGAAGAAGAGAAAGAGGAACAAGGGAAAAGACAAGGCUGGUGGAAAAGCUCUCGAUUUUUCUAUGUGAUCCAGGCCAUGAAAAGUGACAGCGUUAUUAUCAAUGAUCCCCAAGAUUUUUUCGAUACCCCAGCCAACAA